GAGAAAGCAAGAAAGAAAGCUGAUGAAAAAGCUGAAAGUUCAAAAGCUAAAAGAAAGCUGAUGAUAACCGAAAGAAAGAGCCUUUUUAUUAUAUCCCUCCUCAUGUUUGCACUUGCUGCUGUAUCUGUAUCUCUAUCUGUAUCUUCUACAGUAUCCAUUUCUACUUCUCUCUUCUCCUACUGCCUUCGCCAUAUCCAUUAAAGCUCCAUGCUCAAGAGCUUCAAGCUGCUUUCUCCAUACUAGUAGAAGAGAAGGGGAGAAUAUUAAAAAAAAAAAUUUUUUGAGCCCAUGUUGAGUAGUGAUAUUAUUAACCAUCCCUCCUCAUCUUCUGAGCCAUUUACUUGUGGAGAAAAUGGAAUCAACAGUAAGAGAAAAAGAAGGCCUGCAGGAACUCCAGGUAGAUCCAGAUGCAGAAGUGGUAUCCCUUUCACCCAAAACCCUGCUGGAAUCGGAUCGAUACGUGUGUGAGAUCUGCAACCAAGGAUUUCAGAGGGACCAAAACCUGCAGAUGCACAGGAGGAGGCAUAAAGUUCCAUGGAAGCUUCUGAAAAGGGAAACACCAGUGGUGAGAAAGCGCGUUUUUGUGUGCCCGGAGCCCAGCUGCCUUCACCAUGAUCCUUGUCACGCUUUAGGCGAUCUUGUGGGGAUAAAGAAACAUUUUAGAAGGAAACACAGCAAUCAGAAACAGUGGGUGUGUGAGAAAUGUUCCAAAGGAUAUGCUGUUCAAUCUGACUAUAAAGCCCAUCUCAAAACCUGCGGUACCAGAGGCCAUUCUUGCGAUUGUGGUCGGGUUUUCUCGAGGGUGGAGAGCUUCAUUGAGCAUCAAGAUGCUUGUAACUUGGGUAGAAUCCGAUCCGAAUCUCAUUCUUUACAGCCUGCAGCAACAGCUUGUCUUUCUCGAACAGCUUCAAGCCCAAGUCCCUCAAGUGAUACAAAUGUUAGUGCUUCACCAUGGCCUGUUUUAAUGGCAAAACCUGUAGCUAUGGAUACCAAAUUCGUUGCCCCAACAAGGGAUUCCAAUAAAAGUCCUCACAAUUUGGAGCUUCAACUUUUAACCACAUCAUCAUCAAGUCCUAUGGAUAUGAUCUCCGUUUCUAAGAAAGAUGAAGAUCAUUCAGCUUUGCUUCAGUUGUCCAUUGGAUCAUCAGAUUUCAAUGAGAAAAAUGAAAUGGAGAGUAGCAACAGCGAGAAACCUAUCAUGGAUGCAUCAAGAAUCAAAGAAGAAGCUCGUGAACAGUUGGCGGUGGCUAUUUCUGAAAAGGCUUUUGCUGAAGAAGCUAGGAGACAAGCUAAGAGACAGAUUGAGCUGGCGGAGCAAGAAUUUGCUAAUGCUAAGAGAAUCAGGCAACAAGCCCAAGCCGAGUUGGAGAAGGCACAGGCCUUAAAAGAGCAAGCCACGAAGCAGAUCAAUGCUACCAUUUGGCAAAUCACUUGUCAAACUUGCAAGGAAAAGUUUAAUGCUUCAAGAACAGCAAGAGCUGCAGCUCAUGCUCCACAUCAUGAGAGCGCAUUGACAUUAAUGGGUUAUAUUUCUUCUGCUUUAUCAGAUGGCGAAGUUGUCAAAGGUGACCGGCUUGUUCAUCCAAAAUAUGCAUUGUGUUAAAGAGUUAAGACUCAUCUGCUUCACAGGAAGGAGACUUGAGGAAGUGAUCAUCAUCAGAUUCUUCAUCCAAAGUUUGUUUUUAUGUUAGAUAUAAGAUAAAAGUAUAUUUAUAACCUAUCCCUUUUUAUUUUAUUUUAUUUUAUUUUUUUGGGUUUUCUCCUUUCAUAUCCAUGAAUACACCAGGAAGGACUAGUGAGUGUUAUCAUAAGUGCAAAAGAGCUGAUUAAGGGGUAUUGGAAUUUGUAUCUAAAACUUUUGAUGAUGUUAUUUGUUGAUUCAAUGAGUACAUGGCAAAUAUCAUAAUGAUUUUAUCAA